AUGAGUGGCACUGAGAAGCGUGCCACGACGGCGCCCAAGCCGGGCAAGCCUGGCAGCCAUACCAAGGCCCCGCGCGACGUCUCGGAAGGCGCAGCCGUCAGCAUGCCCAAGACGGCCCCUCGUGCCGCACAGGGCAUCAACUUCGGCACCGUCGAUGACCAAAACGCUGUCAUGUCAUCGUCCCCUGCCGCCCAACCGACGACCGGCGAGCACCUCCGCGGCGGCAACCUUACCGUCUUUGGCAGCGUGUCCGCAGAAAGCGGCGCGGCCCACGAAAAGAAAAUCGGGUUCGGCCCCAAAAAGCACAUGGACUUCCAGAAACUGUUUCAGGGCCCUAAGAAGGUCCACCAGCAGGAUCAGCAGAGCCAGCAGCAGCCUGCCGCUCCCGUCGCAUCGGCCAUGGGCGCCACACCGCCGCCGUUCGUGUCAUCGUGGCAGCCACCCAUGUAUCCCCACGUUGGCUACCCUAUGAGCCCUGGAGGCUACCCAUACAUGGCCCAGCCACAGCAGCCAUGGAACCAGGCGGCUGCCCCAGGCUCGCCCUCGAUCCUUCCAGCCAACGCAUCGCCACACACUGCGCCUCGUCCCGUGAACGGCGGCUUUUACCCACAGACGCCCGCAGCUGCGCCUCCUACGAGCAGCAACUUCACCAUGAGUGCUGGUGCACGCAUGUUCGAGCCACAAAAGAGCAAGGCGCUGCGGAUUGUGAAUCCCGAAACGCAAACAGAAAUUGAUCUUGGCCACCUGAAAAAGACGUCGCAAUCGUCCGCCUCGCCGACGCAGCCAACCUCGGCCAAGGCUCCGGCAGAUGCGUCGCAUGCUCCGAAGCAGAAGGAAGUGUCAAAUGAGAGCCGCGUCAAAACACAAAACGAUUUCCAGCAAAAGGUACUCCGUCUGAAGAUGGAGAAGGAGGCUGAAGCGCGUCGCGCGGAAGAAGCCAAGCGAGAAGAGGAGCGCCAGGCCGAGGAAGCCAAGCGGGAAGAAGAACGCAAAGCCGAGGAAGCUAAGCGGGAAGAGGAGCGUAAGGCCGAGGAAGCCAAGCGGGAAGAAGAACGCAAAGCCGAGGAAGCCAAGCGAGAAGAGGAGCGUAAGGCCGAGGAAGCUAAGCGGGAAGAGGAGCGCAAGGCCGAGGAAGCUAAGCGGGAAGAGGAGCGUAAAGCUGAAGAAGCCAAGCGGGAAGAGGAGCGCAAGGCUGAGGCAGCCAAGCGAGAAGGGGAACGCAAGGCCGAGGAAGCUCAACAUGCGGAAGAGCGCAAGAAGGAAGAGACCCAGGGGGCCGAAGCCAAGGAUGGCGCAGAGAGCAAAGACAACGCUGCGCAGGACGGCCAGGCCCCUGAAGCAUCCUCGUCCAAGACCGAAGAGGCACAGCCACCGAGUCGUGCCAUCGAGAGCGCGCGCCUUAUUGACGAUCUGUCGUCAAUCACCUACCCCCCUGACGUGCACCCACCUAAGGCGGAGCUGAACAAGGAUGCCGCGCCAGGAAGGUACCGCUACGACCGCGACUUUUUGCUCCAGUUCAUGAGCGUAUAUACCGAAAAGCCGUUCGAACUGCCUGACCUCGCCUCGAUCGGCAUGGAGAGUGUUCCUGUGCGUGGUGGACGCCGCGGUGCGGGCCCAUCGCGAGGAGGCAUGGACGGUGGCCGUGGUCAAGUCGGUCGCACGAGCGAAGAACGCUUUGCCUCGUCGAUGCGUGCCGGCCCCGGUGGCUUCCCGUCAGGCUCGCGAGGCGGCUCGGCGUCGCGCACCGGCGGUGGUCCUGUGCCAUCGCGCGAGACGAUGGGUACUGGCAUUCCCAUGGGUGGUGGCCGCUCCAAGGGCCACCGUGGUCGCCAGCGUGAUGGCCGGCCGCGUGAGAACCCGCCAGAGAAGGGUGGUCCGACGAUCCCUCUCGAUCAGGUGGCGCCGCUGGAGUUCUCCGAGAACCGCUGGAAGCCACAGAGUCAUGACAAGACAUCGACAGCUGACCACAGUCUGGUGGUGGAGCGCAAGGUCAAGUCCUUGCUCAACAAACUUACGCUCGAGAAGUUCGACUCGAUCAGCGACAAGAUUAUCGAAUUUGCGAACGAGUCAAAGAACGAAACGGAUGGCCGGACUUUGCGUCAGGUCAUCGCGCUCGUGUUCGAAAAGGCGAUCGAUGAGUCGGCGUGGAGUGAGAUGUACGCGCAACUGUGUGCCAAGAUCCAGAUGAGUCUGAGCCCUGACAUUCGUGACGAGGUACUGGACGAAAAGGAGCAGAAGGAGUACCGCGGCGGUAUGCUGUUCCGCAAGUACCUGCUGACUUGGUGUCAGGGUGACUUUGAAAAGGGUUGGGCCGGUGCCAAGGAAGAGCGCUCUGAGAAAGAGUACGAGCUGAUGUCGGACGAGUACUACGAGGCCCAGAAGGCCAAGCGUCGUGGCCUCGGUCUCAUCCAGUUUGUUGGUGAACUUUUCAAGCUCCAGAUGCUCCAGCCACGCAUUAUGCACACUUGCAUUGUGCGUCUCCUGCGCACAACGACCGAGCCUGAAGAGGACGAAAUUGAAAGUGUGUGCCGUCUGCUCACCACGGUCGGCUACCUCCUCGAUUCAGCCUCAGGCAACCACAAAAGCCGCAUGGACGUGUACUUUAAGCGAAUCGACGAUAUCCUCAAGAGUCCAGCCCUUGCCUCGCGCAUGCGAUUCAUGCUGAUGGACGUGGUGGACCUGCGCAAUAACAACUGGGUCCCACGGCACGACCAGUCGGCGCCCAAGACGAUCGGAGAGAUCCAUGCGGAGGCCGCGCAGCAGCAGCAACAAAAGGAGGCUGAAAAGUUCUCCCGUGGUGGCCCGCGACGCGGCCAGCCGCGUCAUGCCCCGCCGCCCGAGCAGGCAUCGCACGAUGGCUGGAGUACCGUCGGCAAUGCGCCGCCCUCGCGAUCGGGUCGUGCGACCGACUUUUCUGGCUUCGGCAAGGGUCUGGACCGCUCGUCGAAUGGCAAACUGGGCGGUGGUCCGCAGAGCGUGUUCCAUCGCCGCAACCAGCGCGACGACGAGCGCAGCAUGUCGCCUACGCCUAACAUGUUCAACUUGCUUACGGGUGAGGGCAAUACGGAGGAGCCACAUCGCAGGAAGCUGCAGCUGCAGCCACGGACCAAGCCGCUGGACGACGGCCACACUGCCGCGACGCCCAGCGAGCCGUCGGAAGAGGACAUUAAGCGUAAGGUCAGUAACGAUGUCAAGGAGUACCUCGAGAUCCGCGAUCUCAACGAGGGGAUUCAAUCGAUCGAAGCGUUGGAGGCCAAGCACCGUCCAUCGUUUGUGGACGCGCUCGUCACAAGUGUGCUCGACAAGAAACAGGACAGCGUCGAUGCGGCCUGCCACCUGCUGCAGGCCUUGGCCGAGCGCUCGCUGCUGGAUGAGUCGAUGCUGAUGGAGGGCUUCAAGCCGCAAGUCACGAUCCUUGACGACACCAGUAUGGAUGCGCCGAGUGCCUAUGGCUUUAUGGCACAACUCCUUGUCCAAUCGACGCUGGCCCAGGCCAAGAUCGAGGAGCUCGCGAACGGUAUGGAAGGCGAGGGCCUCAAGCCGCCAAAGGACCGCUUGCUGGCCAAGGUGCAAGAUGUGCAGUCAUAG